AAAUAUAGAUAUAUCGGUGUAUACAAAAUAUAGCCAGGCCUGAAAAGUGAUCUCCUCGAACGAUCGUUCUACAUUAUACACCUAUGACUCUGAUACGCCACGGAUUCUUUUUGUCAAAAAUAGAAGCAAAAACAAAUAUUGGUAAUUGCGCAGAGUUUUAGGUUGAUAUUCCGUAAAGCAACAAGUGAAAUUCGAAAUGUGCAGGGGAAAAAUGAUAAAAACGCAACUGAUCAUUAAUUGUGCAAUGUUCCCUUAAAACGAAAUAAAACGUUGUAUAGUACAGGGAUGUAAAAGCUAUAAAUAUUGUUCUUAUAAAAUUGAUCUCUUAGACACUUCAUCCCGAUUGGUGGAAGUACUAGCGUAUAUUAUUGUUAUUCUAGAGCUAGACGUUACAAAAUUACAAAAUUGCGUACAAUUUGUGACAAAAAUAUGUAUCUACAAUUCAAUUUGUUCAUUCCAAAAAAGUCUCUAAUUGGUUGAAUAGCGGUUUUAAAAAAGACAGUACACGUAAUCACGGCUUUCAACAGUAAAAGUAAUCCUAUAGAGUUAUAAUUGUACUAAAAAGAUAUUGGAGCACAGCUGAGAUUAGCAAAUUACAAUGGACAGCGACUAAGAUAACUAAUUAAAUAGUUUAGCAAUUAUUAUAAUAUGGACGACGAAUUGGAAGAUAAAAUACUGUACCAGACUUAUUUAUCACAUAUGAAGUUGAUGUCUAAGUUUGCGGUGGGUAUACCCACUGCUGGAAUCAACACAUUUUUGAAUUAUUUUUGGAGGAUUGCCCGUGUAUAUGUUUUUAAACCUGAAGUACUAGUAUUUGGCUUAAUAAUAUUCAUUAUAUUUCUAUAUAUGCAAGCUGUGGAUGCAUGGAGCCGAACUUUGUUUGAAAAAAUUCAACAUACACUCGGAAUCACAACAUCAAAGGUAGCUAAAUUACAAUUUCUUGUAAACAGUUCUUCCGUCGAAAAACUUGGAUGGGAAUUUAAGCAAGAUUAUAUAGCAGCCUAUGCAGUACAAGGUCAUAGAGCACAUAUGGAAGAUCGUUUUGUUGUGAAUAAUGAUAUAAAUAAUACUGGUGUUUCACUCUUUGCUAUUUUUGAUGGUCAUGGGGGAGAGUUUGCAGCAAACUAUGCCCGAGACAAACUCAUACCAAGCAUCAGUGAACAAGUUGUUAAGUUAAAAGAUAUCAUAACUGGAAAAGUACCAAAAAAUGCUCAAAAAAGUGAAAUUAAUGAGAAAAUUAAUGAAAAAGAAGACGAAAAUACGAAGACUGAAACAAGUGCCAUGAAAAGAAAAAAAUCAUGGCGCAAAACUUCAAGCACUGAUGACUAUGCCAAAGGACAUAAUAUUGGUAUUACAGACCCUGAAUUACUUGAAAAACUAGACAGUAUUUCAAAAACUAUUACAAGAGAGGUAAGACCAAGUAGACCGAAUGAAAAAGAAAACCUUCCUAAAAUUGACGUGACUAGCUAUAUUGAAGGACGUGAAAUAAAUUAUGGCAGAUUAUUAACUGAUCAAGUUCUUGCUGUGGAUAGACUGUUGGUAAAUGCUGCUAAGAAAAAUAUGGAUGUUGCUGGUACUACUGCUCUAAUAGCUAUUUUAGAAGGUAACAAAUUAAUUGUAGCAAAUGUUGGAGAUUCUAGAGGAGUGAUGUGUGAUGGAAAAGGAAAUGCAAUACCUUUAUCUUUUGAUCAUAAACCUCAGCAGCAAAGAGAAAGAAAUCGAAUAAACAAAGCUGGUGGUGUUGUAACAUUUAAUGGCGUAUGGAGGGUUGCUGGAAUUUUAGCUACAUCACGAGCGUUAGGAGAUUACCCUCUCAAAGACAAAAAAUUGGUCAUUGCAGAGCCAGAUAUCUUGACUUUUGAUCUUGAUGAUCACAAUCCAAUGUUCCUUGUAUUAGCAUCAGAUGGAUUAUGGGAUACGUUUUCAAAUGAGGAAGCUAUAGCUUUUAUAAAAGAACGCAUUAAUGAACCGCAUUUUGGAGCCAAAAGCAUUACACUUCAAAGUUAUUACAGAGGAUCCUUGGAUAAUAUCACUGUUCUUGUAAUAAAUUUGAGGGAUCGCAAAAUAUCAGAGUUGAAAUUGAAUAAAAUUUAAUACAAUUUAUAAUUAUUAGAUAGUUACUAUAGUAAACAAGGAUUUUUUGGCAAAGUGGUCUAGUCAUAUUUUAUUGAUUGUUUGUACCUCAUAAAGUUAACAAAUCUUUGCCUGAUACUUUUGUAACAUGUAACUGUCUAUUUUUCAUAAAUAAAAUUAUUUUAAUAUUGGCUAAUAUUUA